AUGGGAGCAGAAACUCAAGCGAAGACUAAGAUACCCAUUGUCUUGGGUGCAAUGACAUUCGGGAAACCUGGUGUCAUGCAAACCCGAGUCCACGAUAUUAAAGAUGUCUCUUCUAUGAUGGACUUCUUUCAGUCACAUGGUCAUAAUGAAAUAGAUACUGCCCGCGUCUACGGCAUGGGUUCAUCAGAAGAAUAUCUGGGACAACUCCAACCCCCAUAUACCGACCGUGGUAUCAUUAUGGCUACUAAACUCUAUCCUAACAACAUGACUGGAGUCAAGAUCACGCAUUCAGCGGAUGAUCUCAGACUUCACUUGGACAGAAGUUUGAAAGCUUUAGGUGUUGAAAAAGUGGACCUCUUUUAUUUGCAUGCACCAGACAGAAGUGUUUCCUAUGAGGAGACAUUUGGCAUGUGUGAUGUGUUAUUUAAGGAAGGAAAAUUCAAUAGGUUGGGUGUUAGUAAUUACAUGUCUUGGGAAGUUGCACAAAUCCAAGAAAUUUGCAUCAAAAACAACUGGGUCCGUCCUUCAGUAUACCAAGGUGUAUACAAUGCCAUUCAGCGCUCCAUCGAAUCGGAGCUCCUUUCAUGUCUUCAUAAAUACAACAUGUCUUUCUAUGCCUUCAACCCUAUCGCCGGCGGCUACCUCACUUCGCGCUACCAUCGCAACCAGGAAUCCGUCGAAGCAACUUCUCGUUUCGAUGAUUCGCAUAUGCAGGGUAAGAUGUAUAGGCAGAGAUACUGGAAUGAUACCAUGUUUGACGCCUUGGAUAUCAUCAGGGAAGCAGUGAAAAAGGAGGGAUUGACGGAGAGUGAAUGUGCAUUGAGAUGGUUGGUACAUCAUAGCGGGCUUGAGGCGGAGAGAGGAGACAAGAUUAUCAUAGGAGCAAGCAGCGCGAAACAUUUAAGAGAAAAUUUGGUGGAUCUGGAGAAAGGAUCAUUAUCGAAGGAGAUUCUUGAAGCGUUGGAUAAGGCGUGGGCUAAGACUAAGGCGGUGGCGGGUGCUUAUUUCCAUUAGGCAUGGGGAAAUUCAAAGUCAGCCCUGGUGAUUUUUAAGCCUGUAUGUUCUGCCCAAUCUUCCAGAUAGUUCAUUUCGAAAUAGCUUUGUUAUUCAUUCCUAUAAACGG